AUGGAGAGAGAGCUUCGCGAGUUCUUACACUUGAAGAAGCCCUCGAAAGCUGCCAUCCAGAAAGCUCUUCCGGGCUUGCAACAGUGGGGGCCAUCCAAAGUCACCCUGGUCUUGCGCAAGCUCGGAACCGAGCAUCGAGGCCACUUGCUUCUGCCACUGAUGGACACCAUGCGCCAGAGCCAACUGGAACUAGACGUCUUCCAUUACUCAGCUGCUGCUGCAGCCGCAGCUUCGGAGACUGCACGCUGGCACCUGCCCCUGCACCUGCUGGGCGACGCCCGACGUCAAGGAAUUCGGCCAAACGAAUACACCUAUUGUUCUACAAUGAGUGCUCCGUGGUACUUCGUGAUAGAGACCGUUCGGCAGAUGCAAGACUUUCGACUCACCAACCAGGUGAGCUGCAGCUCGGCCAUCAGUGCUUUCGGCCAGGCCGGUGAGUGGCGAUUUGCCAUUGAUGCCCUUGGUGAUGCUGCCGAGCAUCGUCUUGGUGCAAAUGCGUUCAGCCUCUCAGCAGCCAUGGCUUCUUGUGACAAUCUACACCAGUGGAGACGAGCUUUGGAAGCCCUCGAGACCCUGCAAUCUGCGGAUUUGAGACUCGACACGGACUCUGACGACUUUGCACCGUGUUGCGAUUUGGCUAUCAGCGCCUGUGCCAAGGGGUCGAACUGGCAAGGUGCACUGGAGAUGUUGACUAAAAUGAAGGGAUGCUCAAUGAGAACAGGGGAUGUCACGUACAGCGCAGCGAUUACUGCGUGUUCCAACACAGAAGAGUGGCGAGUCGCAAUGGCAUUGUGUGGAGAGUUGAUGAUGUGCCACUUGGAGCCAGGGAUUUGGUGCACAGCCUCCGCGCACGCGUGCGACAAGGUGGGUGCAUGGCUCCAGGCGCUGAGCAUUUUCGAAUGGGUCUCUGAUCGGACAGAGGUCGAUGGAGCCCUGGCUGGCUCCGUGCUCUCCUCCCUCUCCAGCUCAAAGGGAGCCUCAUGUGCGCUCGAGCUGCUUCGUUGCUUGGGGCGCCAGUGGCAGCCAGCGGUGCCAGAAGUGGAGGUAGAAGCUGGAUCGGCUGGAGUUCUUUGCCAUCGGCCUGGCAUUGUGGUGGUGAACAAAGCAUCAGGGGAAAGCACAGAGUCUCUCCUUCUGCGUUGCUCAAAGUCCUUCGGCAUCCAGCUUCGACUGGCAUCUAGGUUGGAUGCACCAACCUCAGGUGUCCUUCCACUUGCGUGUGGAGAAUCAGCUGGCAAGUAUCUACAGGCCCAGUUCGCUGGCCGUUUGGUGCGCAAGGACUACAUUUGCUUGUGUGCUGGCCCCUCUCUAGGCGAGAUGCAUUCCUCAGCGGUGAUCUCCCAGCCGCUUCUCACCACUGGCCAAGAUGGCAUCAACAGCCGCACGAUUGUCUCGAAGAUUGGCCGCCCAGCGAAGACGGCCUAUGUGGUUCAAGCGCGGUACUGGCACAGCGCUCCGCCUGUAGAGGAGCAGGAAUUGAUCCUUUUGAGGGUCCGACCUUUGACGGGGCGCACGCAUCAGAUCCGAGUUCACCUGGCAAGUAUUGGUCGCCCUAUCCUUGGGGACAUGGUCUAUGGCACCCCAGCCGUGGGGCACGCGUGCUUUCGGCUCUUUUUGCACUGCGCCAAGCUGCGGUUGUUCGAUUUCACUGGCUCCACGUUCACUGCGGAGGCUCCACUCCCGGCCGCACUGAGAGACUUUCUGGAAGCCUUGGAAGAAAAGGUGGGCGCUGCCAAGCAGCAGCUUGAGAUCCCACUGGACGUGGUGGCAGACAUCCCCGGAAAGGUUGAUUCCAGUGUCGCAUAUGUCGGGAACAAGUACAAUGCGCUCCCAUGGAAGGACUUUGUCGAUAUCAAGCUGGACGCUCGAAAUUUGAUUGAAGCCGACGUGAAGUCUGCCUUGACGGACCUGGACUGGUUUGGCAAGGUGAAUGCCCUGUACUGCGGCAAGGCAGCAGAGGCUGAAAUGGACGUGGCAGCCAAGACCAUGGGAGCAAUGAAGCCAGUGAAGUAUCCCAUCGCGAAGAAGUGA